AUGAAUUUUUUUCAAAUAAAAACAGCACUUCUUAUUUCAUUUUUGUUUUCUACUUCUUUUCAAUACAGUAUUAUAUUGAAAGAUAAUACUGAUGAAUGUUUUUUUGAAAACUUGGAAAAAGAAGACCAAAUAGUUAUCAGUUACCAAGCAGGAGGGGAUAACGGUGUUGAUGAAAACCUAUACGUUAAUUUCCAUAUUUUAAACCCAGAAGAUAAAACAAUUGUUAAUAUUGGGCAUUCAAAUUUCCAUGAAUAUUCUUUAAAUGCAAAUAUGAAUGGAAAAUAUAAAUAUUGUUUUAGAAAUGAUAUCUCAGGUUCAGAUAUUGAAUUGUUUUUUAAUGUUCAUCAUACUAAACACAGACGUGGUGUAAAAAAUGUCAUUGAUUUUAAUAGCGAGAUAUCAUUUCUCGGUGAAAUUCUAAGAGAUGUAAGAGAUGAACAAGAAUAUAUUAAAGCACGGGAAAAAGCACAUAGAAAUGUGGCAGAAAGCACUAAUUCACGUGUUCAAAACUGGAAUAUUUUCCAAAUCUUUGUUUUAAUUGGUCUUAUAUUUUUUCAAAUAUACUUUCUUAAAAGAUUUUUCGAAGUAAAACGAAUAAUAUAA